CCGCUCGUGUCCGCAACAAGGGUGGGGUUUCCAUCAUUGAUCAUUAAUCUUGGAAUCAAGAACAAUGGCUUUCCUUACUGAAAAGUGAAAGUUGCUGCCCUGCUGGGCAGAGGUGUCUGUGCUGCAUGGCGUCAGGGCAGGGUGGCCGACUGGAGGCUGGGGCAUCAGGGAGCUCUGGCCUGGCCAAACCUCUCUACCUGCAGCGCUUGGAAAGAUCCCUGAGGUUGGACAGCUUCCUGCGCCAGACUGCUGCCAUCUUCAACGGAGACAUAACCACAAGUGAUGACAGUGAUGACAGCGAUGGUGCAUUGGGGACAGCGCUAUCCAUGGACCCCUCCGCCACUCAGCAUACAGCUUUGACCGUGAAAAGUGAGCCAUGUGAGCAAGAGGACUGCUUGUCAGAGGGCAAGCCCCUCAAUGGAAUUCUGCUGCAGGGUGAAGCAGACCAGAAGGCAGAUAAAGCCAGCCUCUACAAUUUCUCCAAGCUGAAGAAGAACAGAAAGUGGCUUAAGAGUAUCCUGUUGAGUGACGACACCACAGACUCGGACACAGACUCGGAUGACUCGGACUUCAGUUUAUCUCGGGAGGAGCUGCAUGACAUGCUCAGGCUACAUCGCUACACCAGGCAGCAUCAGAGCAAGUUCCACUCUGACCGGGAGCUUCACCAAUAUCAGUACUACAGCACUGGACUCCUCUCUACUCAUGACCACUUCUAUGAGCAACAGCGCCACCUACUGGGGCCGAAGAAGAAGAAAAUCAAAGAUGAGAAGAAAUUCAAGGCCAAAUUGAAAAAGGUGAAGAAAAAGAAGAAACGGGGAGAGGGAGAGUUUCUGGAUGAUGGGCGUCCUUAUAUCACCAAGAUCUUCGCUAAGUUUUCCCAUGAUGCUCCGCUGCCCAUAGUGAAGAAGAAACAUCUCACUACUGAGCAGCUGAAUGCACGGCGGCGUAAGGUCUGGCUCACCAUCUCUAAAAAGGAGAUUCCCAAGUCUUUCAAGCAGAAGACCUCUGCUAAGAACUUAGUAUUGACCAAUACUAAAAAGUUGGCUCAUCAGUGCAUGAGGGAGGUUCGGCGUGCAGCUAUCCAGGCCCAGAAGAACUGUAAGGAGACGUUACCCCGGGCUCGCCGCCUCACCAAGGAGAUGAUGCUUUACUGGAAGAAAUAUGACAAAGUGGAGAAGGAGCACAGGAAGAGGGCAGAGAAGGAGGCCCUGGAGCAACGUAAACUGGACGAAGAGAUGAGAGAAGCCAAGCGUCAGCAGCGUAAACUGAAUUUCCUCAUCACCCAGACAGAGCUGUAUGCUCAUUUCAUGGGCGGUAAAGCCAGCAUGGGGGGUCCAGCAGGAGGUACGUCUCAGGAGGAAAUUCUGAGCAAGCUGGAAGACACUGGGGCACACAGACAGAUUGACAUUGGAGGCGGUGUAAUGGUCAACAUGGGACAGGAGGACUAUGAUAGUGAUUACUACAAGUCCCAGGCCUUGAGGAAUGCCAAAGAAGCCUACCAGAUUCAUCAAGAGAGAACGCGAAUGUUUGAUGAGGAGGCUAAGGACAGUCGCUGUGCGUCGCUCCACUCAGCAGUGGGCUCUUCCUCAGGCGCCGGCUCUGGGUUUGGAGAGAGCUACAGCCUCUCUAACCCGUCCAUCCAUGCAGGUGAAGACAUUCCUCAGCCCACUAUCUUCAACGGCAAACUCAAGGGUUACCAACUCAAGGGCAUGAACUGGCUGGCCAACCUCUAUGAACAGGGAAUCAAUGGAAUCCUGGCAGAUGAGAUGGGGCUGGGGAAGACAGUCCAGAGUAUCGCCCUGUUGGCACACUUGGCAGAGAGAGACAACAUCUGGGGUCCGUUCCUGAUCAUCUCUCCCGCAUCCACACUCAACAACUGGCAUCAGGAGUUCACCCGCUUUGUGCCCAAAUUCAAGGUGUUGCCAUACUGGGGGAAUCCACACGAUCGCAAGGUGAUUCGGAAAUUUUGGAGCCAGAAAACCCUUUACACCCAAAAUGCACCAUUCCACGUGGUGAUCACAAGCUAUCAGCUGGUGGUCCAGGACGUCAAGUACUUUCAGAGGGUCAAGUGGCAGUACAUGGUUCUGGAUGAGGCCCAGGCACUGAAGAGCAGCACUAGUGUUCGGUGGAAAAUCCUUCUGCAAUUCCAGUGUCGAAACAGACUGCUGCUCACCGGGACGCCCAUCCAGAACACGAUGGCUGAGCUGUGGGCCCUGCUGCACUUCAUCAUGCCUACAUUGUUCGAUUCCCAUGAAGAGUUUAACGAGUGGUUCUCCAAGGACAUCGAGAGCCACGCCGAAAACAAGUCUGCCAUUGACGAGAACCAACUUUCCAGACUGCACAUGAUCCUCAAGCCUUUCAUGCUGCGCAGAAUCAAGAAGGAUGUGGAAAACGAGCUCUCGGACAAGAUUGAGAUCCUGACCUACUGCCAGCUGACGUCCCGGCAGAGGUUGCUCUACCAGGCUCUGAGGAACAAGAUCUCCAUCGAGGAUCUGCUGCAGUCGUCCAUGGGCACGGCCCAGCAGUCCCACAGCACCACCUCCUCCCUCAUGAACCUGGUCAUGCAGUUCAGGAAGGUGUGUAACCACCCUGACUUGUUUGAGCGCCAGGAGACGCGCUCUCCUUUCCACAUGUCCCUUAAGCCCUACGACAUGUCUAAGUUCCUCCACCGCCAUGGCCUCAUCCACGCACGCAACCAGGCCAAAAAAAAAUUACUUCAAGUGCUGUUGUCUCCCUUCUCUCCAUAUCACAUCCAGCAGUCUCUUUUCCACAGAAAAGGUGAUGACAAAGGAAGCUGUUUCUCCUUCCUGCGCUUCAUCGAUGUGUCACCGGCUGAGAUGUCCAAUCUCAUGCUGCAAGGCACCUUAGUAAGAUGGUUAGCCCUUUUUUUGUCCCUCAAAGCUGCAUAUCGGCUCCACCAUCAGCGCCUGUUUGGCCUUGAAGAAGAGGGUCCGGAGGAAGCCAGACCCUUGCGGGGGGAGAGCGGGAGGUUACAGCCCAGGAGUAAGUGUCUGUCUCGCAAUGACCUAAUUCUGUGGCUGAACAGACCCACCAAUUUCCCCAACACAAACACCAGCCCCGUUCUACAGGACCUGGUGUUCACAGCCUUAAGACCCGGCAUGAUGGGACACACAGACGUGAUGAUCUAUAGUCGAAACUCUGCCACCUCCACGCUGCGACCCUGCCAACCUACACUGCCACCCAAGUUCCUGCUAGCCGCCACACCCAGGGUGACAGCAGUUCCGAUGGAGUGCUAUUGUAACGACCGCAGUGCAGAGUACGAGUGGCGGGUGACACGCAGUGGAGGGGGCACAGUCUUUAAACAGUGUUUCCUCUAUGGCUCCCCCGAACUUGCCUCAGACUGGCGCGCGAGGGCCAAUGCCUUUCACCCACAAUGCCAUGGGGGUGUGAUGGCCCUCUACCCGCGACAUGGAUGGUCCUUCAUUCGGAUCCCUGAUAAGGAGAGCCUGAUCACUGAAAGUGGCAAGCUCCACACCUUGGAUAUCCUGUUGAGUCGGCUAAAGGCCCAGGGACACAGAGUCCUCAUCUACUCCCAAAUGACCCGCAUGAUAGACCUGCUGGAGGAGUACAUGGUUUAUCGUAAGCACACCUACAUGCGCCUCGACGGCUCCUCCAAGAUUUCGGAGCGCAGAGACAUGGUGGCUGACUUCCAGAGCCGGACGGACAUCUUUGUUUUCCUGCUGAGUACGAGGGCUGGAGGGCUCGGCAUUAACCUGACCGCUGCGGACACUGUCAUCUUCUAUGACAGUGACUGGAACCCCACAGUGGACCAGCAGGCCAUGGACCGAGCUCACCGGCUGGGUCAGACCAAGCAGGUCACCGUCUAUCGCCUCAUCUGUCAGGGAUCCAUCGAGGAGAGGAUCCUGCAGCGGGCCAAGGAGAAAAGCGAGAUCCAAAGGGUGGUGAUCUCUGGAGGCAACUUCAAACCAGACACACUCAAACCCAAAGAGGUGGUCAGCCUGCUGCUGGACGACGAUGAGCUGGAGAAGAAAUUGCGUCAGAGACAGGAGGAGAAGAGGCAGCUGGAAGAGUGCAGCAAGGUGAAAGAGCGCAAGAGGAAGAGGGAGAAGUACGCAGAGAAGCAGCAGAAGAAGAACAACGAGGAGUCCGAGGUCAAGAAGAAGAGGGAGGUGAACCUGGUCAUCUCUCAUGCGCCCUCGGCAGACAACUCCAACCUCUCUGCCGACGGAGACGACUCCUUUAUCAGCGUCGAGAUGGACUCGGCCAUGCCCAGUCCCUUUAGUGAGAUCUCCCUGAGCAGCGAGCUCCAGCCCGGCUCGUUGCCCCCGGAUGCCGACGCCGACGAGAGCAGCAGCGACAUGCUGGUCAUCGUGGACGAUCCGGUGUCCUCUGCGCCGCAGUCUCGCGCCACCAACUCGCCCUCCUCGGUGUCUGGAUCAGUCUCUGACAACAUGAACGGUGUUUCGGCCUCGGAAACGAUCAGUCCCGGCAGAGGCAGGUCUGGGCGGAGUCGGGGGCGGCCUAAAGGAUCAGGAGGGGGGGCCAAGUCUGGAGGGAAAGGACGUGGCCGCAAGUCAACAGCGGGCAGUGCGGCAGCCAUGGCGGGAGCGAUGGCUGGUGCGGCCGCAGCGUCUGCAGCAGCGUAUGCUGCUUACGGUUACAGUGUUUCUAAAGCAGGCCUCGCUGCGUCCAGCCCCCUGCAGCCUUCCCUGGGCCGGUCUGGCACCAGCCCCGCCUUCAACCCCAGCAGAAGCUCCUCCCCCCAGGCCAAAGGAGGCGCCUCCACCCCGAGCCCCAACAAACAGCUGGCCCACAGCCACCACCACAGCGGCCACGGCACAGUCAGGAAAGGCAAGGGCCCCGGUGGUCCCGGGGCUCGAUAAUGGACUCGUACACACUUGAAUGUGCCCUCUCUCUCUCUCUCUCUCUCUCUCGCUCACACUCACUCACACACACACACACACACACACACACACACACACACACACACACACACACACACACACACACACACACACACACACACACAGAAAACUGACCUUCUCUCACUGUGAUCCCCACAGACGCCCUACGCCUAAACUAAUAGGGAUUACAGUACAUAUAGUAACAGAGGCUCACUACCUGGAGGACCAUGCUGUGUCUGCUGGUUCAGCAACUAAAAGGACUGUCUUCUCACACACACACACACACACACACACACACACACACACACACACGCACACACUUGAAGGUACAGUCCCUACCAGCCUCUACAUUUCUUGGUCCCGUUUUAUUUUAAUGUGUCCGGGUCAGUGGACAAAAUCUGCCUUGAGUAUUUUUGUUUGCAUUGUGACAAGAGUAUUUCCAAGUGCUUUUUGAGAAGACGGACCGUACUUUUUUAUUCACGAUGACCGGAAACUCUUUUGAUUUGCUACCUAGCUAUGAUGUUACAACAAAGACGUGAGCCAACACAUGUAGCUUAAAGGGCUUUGAAAUGUUUGCCAGUUUAGGGAGGCAAAGGAGUUUCUGUCAAAUGCACUGAGCCACGUCUUCCGUUUUAUUUUUUGUUUUUUUUUUGGUGUUAUUGAUUCCCAUACUUGUACAUUAGGUUAUUUAAUUGUCCUGUAGAUGUGCUUGGCGCAAACUGGUGGACAGUUCUGCAUUUCACAGAGCUUAAUGUGAACCCACACCUUACCGACCCACACUUUACCAAACAAUACGUCUACAGCUUUUCUACUAAAGCUCCUAUUUUUGUAAUAAAAGAUGCCAGUACCCAUACCAAACAUGGCAAGUCUUAACAUUUUGAAAAAUAUUUGUCCAUGAAAUGUAUUUCCCGUGCAGACGGAAAUGUAAAUCGAUGAUAUAUUUUUUGUCCAAUGGGAAAAUGAAUGAAUGGUUGAUGUGAACAUGAUAAUUCAAAAUUAGGGGUACUGGUGGAUCCGGCUAUGCUGCUAACCGUAAAUUUAUGAAUUCACUCAGAUUAUUUGGUUGUCUAUAUUUAAGUUAUUUGAGUUGUGUUAAAAUGGGCAAUUGAUGAUAAUUGUGAACGGGGUAUUCAGCUGUAAAACAGUGUAAAUUGUACUGAAGCCAUUUUUAUUUUUCAGAAAUUGUUUUUUUUUUUUGUGAUGAGGAGUCUGUGGUUCUCUUUGAUGUCAUUGAUGUUUUAGGAAGAAAAAAAAAAGUUUGCAUCAGUGUCCUAAGUUGAGCACUACGUCUGUUAUAGGUUGGUUUUGUGUUAUAGUGUGAUUAAAAUAUGAUGUUCUAUAUUGAUGUACAUAAUGAUGAGAGUGACAUUUCCUCUGGCUUUUCCCUCAUUUGCCUGUCUAUUUUUAUAGGUCAUGUGUACAUAUGAAGAAAAUGCAUCUGCCAUUUUACUAACAGGAGGAGCCGACUGAAAAUAAAAGAGUGCUAAAUUA